AGAUUUAGCAAGUGAAAGGGGCCCAGAGGGCGGGGCUUCCAGAAAUCAUUUAUAACCUGCUGCUUGCAGAGAUCGCACACACAACUACAAACAAUUUGGAAGAGCUGCCUAGCAGAAAGCACAACAAUGGCUUUGCUACCGGUCCCAUAUACAAAACAGGCAUGCUUAUCUGUUGGUUCUUUCGUGAAAAUCAAAGGGACACCUGCCAUGCCUUUCAGUAAGGACACACAAAUGCAGGUGGAUUUCCAUACUGGGAACGAAGAGGACUCAGACAUCGCCUUCCAUUUCCGCGUGUACUUUGGCCGCCGAGUGGUGAUGAACACCCGUCAGGGUGGGAAAUGGGGUGAAGAAGUGAAAUCGACUGUUAUGCCCUUUGAGGAUGGCCAACCCUUUGAACUGGCAAUCUUGGUGCAGCCAUAUGGGUACGAGGUCACGAUCAGCACACAUGCCUUACUCUCCAUGGUGGAGAAGUUCCUGUCUUCACUCACUGCCAUCAUUUCCCCAUGCUGUCAUUCCUUCAGUUUUCAUGUUUCAGUAAAUGGUCGUGAAUAUUACAAAUUUCCCCAUCGCCUUGAACCAGGACAUGUGAGGAUGAUACAGGUGUGGAGAGAGGUGUCCCUGACUUCAGUUUAUGUCAUUUAAAGAAGGAUGUGACCAGACACCCCAUUGUCAAGAGGAUCCCUUCACCUAAGUGACUCUGUGACUCCCAGAGCUCACUAACAACAUGGGUUCUCCCCCUUCCCCCACGCUUGGUCAUUAAAACUCCUGAAAACAU